UUUGCAUCAUCAACUUUUUCUCCGACAGGCAGAUCCUCUUUGGCGUUACUUGUAACGUUAUCGCGUGUCCAUCUGCCUCUUCUCUUCAUGUCGGUCACGAGUUGACAACAGUCAAUUUAUCCCCUGAACCCUCCCUUAUGGUCUUCGCAGGAGGGCGCAUUUGCGCUCACUGCAGCCAUAACCUCUCCAGAUUCUUUCCUCGCCGUCCGAUAUCUCUAUCGUCAACCCCAUGGCAGCGGCGGGCCUUUUCGCAGGCGCAAUUCCGUGCUGCAUUCACUCCACCCACUCCCGAGUCGCUUGGUAAAGCGGUCCCUGCCAAAGACUUCAAGAGAACGAGGAAAUGGCUGCGGCGGCUAGCAUAUCUGUCUCUAUUCGGCGCGGCCGCCUAUGUGAUUGACAGGAGAUACUAUGCCUCGAGUCUCGCGCGAUGUAGUCGGACAUUCAGUUUAGGACUGAUCGUUGCACUGGACUACAAGAUCAAUUUCAGAGAAGAUCCUUGGUUUGCACAGGAUAUAGGCGAGGUGCAUGCGCGCAGUGCCACGAAGCUUUUCCAUCUGCUGAGGACGAAUGGAGGGUUGUACCUCAAGAUCGGCCAGGCAAUUGCCAUGCAAUCUGCCAUCCUGCCACCAGAGUUUCAGAAAAUGUUCCAGAAAAUGUUCGAUGAUGCUCCACAAAAUAGCUGGGAAGAUGCACGGCAGGUCAUUAUGGAAGACUUUGGUGGACGGACUCCGGAAGAGGUGUUUGGGAUAUCGUUUGAUGGUGACCCGGAUGCUGGAGUCAUGGAGAAAAAGGCGCGGGCUAGUGCCAGUGUCGCACAAGUACAUUGGGCACGUCUGAAGGAUGGCCGAGAGGUUGCGAUCAAGAUUCAGAAGAGAGAGAUCGCGCAGCAAGUAGGCUGGGAUCUCUGGGCCUUCAAGGUCGUUACAAGAAUCUAUACCUGGUGGUUCGAUAUCCCACUGUACACCCUGGUCCCCUACAUCACGGAGAGAUUGCUGCUGGAGUGCGACUUCCAAAACGAGGCGGACAAUUCCAGAAGAAUGGCUGGCUUUGUCAGAGGCGAACCUCGACUGCGGGACAGAGUGUACAUUCCCAAGGUUUACGAUGAUCUCACCACGAAACGUGUCAUGACAGCCGAAUGGAUAGAGGGUGUGCGUCUAUGGGAUAAAGAUGCAAUCACGAAACCCUGGAAGGGUGGCUGGAGGACAGGCAGUCCCGGCAGUCAUGGCGCUCCUCUCGACGCGGCUCCGACUUCUGUCACCACCUUGCAAGAAAAGGCUCGCGUCUGGGACCAGGAAAUCAAACCUGACAGGACGACAUGGUGGAAAGGAGAGGACGGCAAAGGCGGCCUUGGCCUUAACUUGAAGGAGGUGAUGACUACCAUGGUCGACCUUUUCUCCGCCCAGAUGUUUCUUUGGGGUUAUGUCCAUUGCGAUCCUCAUCCAGGCAACAUUUUCGUCCGACGGCUUCCGAACGGACGCUCCGAGCUCGUCCUGAUCGAUCAUGGCUUGUACAUCAACAUGUCGCCCUCUUUCCGACAUCAGUAUUCGCUGUUCUGGAAGAGUCUGAUGACCUUCGACAACAAGACCUUGAAAGAGGUCGUGAGUGAUUGGGGCAUCAACAAUCCCGAAAUCUUUGCAUCUGCAACACUUAUGCGACCCUACGAGGGUGGCGACCAUACAGUGUCGAACCGCAUCAAAGGCAUAAGCGAGAAGGAGAGGAAGAAGCGCCAGUACGAAAUGCAGCAGGCUAUGCGCAAGGGCAUCAAGGAGAUUCUGGGCGACGAGAAAAAGUGGCCUCAGGAGUUGAUCUUUAUUGGUCGCAAUAUGCGUAUCGUCCAGGGGAAUAACCAGUACUUGGGCAGUCCUGUCAACCGCAUCAAAAUCACGGGCAAUUGGGCUUCGAGGGCUCUGGCGGAGGACCAAAAUCUCAGCUUUGCGGAAAGGUGGAAGUAUUUUGGCAGCCAUCUCAUUUUCAAGCUUGUGCUGCUGGGGAGUGACUUGGUGUUUUGGUACAGCAAAUUGAGGCAGGCGUUUGGUAGAGGCAAGGGUAUGGAUGAUGACAUGGAGCAGCAAAUGCGGAAGAUGGCGAAAGAUUAUGGCAUUGAGAUGAACCACAGUGUUUUUGAGGGAUAGAUGUAUUGUCCAGCAUGGGGUACUGGAUUUGUAUAUAUACCUGCAUGCUCUUUUGCAAGAUCGUGAGCUGGCAUAGCAGCAUAGAAUUGUGUAUGGGGUGGUAACCCAAGUCAUCUAAGGGUGGCCAUCUAAGUCACCGAAGCAAUCGAAAUGUCAUCUCAUCAUUGACAGGCAGGAGCACGCCGUGUCAAGGGCUGCAACACCAUGUCAAGGACUGUAUCUUGUGGUUGAUCUCGAGCAGCACGUCUUGUCGCCGAAUGAGAAGAUCGUUCUCAUCAAAGCGAUCUUCGACGCAAGUCGCAGGAAGUUUUUUGUGAAUUGCUCUUAGCUUCGCAGCUCUUGCAUAACCUUUGCGCGCAGGAACAUGUGAUGAAUCUGUUGAAGUGCUCCCUGCACCCGACAUGAUGGCGGUGCCU